CAAUCAAACAUGCGUGUUUUUCUUUCUUUCUUUCUUUCUUUUUUUUUUUUAAUACAAUUGAAAAGCCAUUCUGCUUAUAUUUUGCUCCAUUUUCUGUAUUUAUAUACACAGACAAGGACAUAUAUAUACAUACAUACAUAUUCAAGUAUACUCCCCAAGGAGUGAAUGAAUGUAUCUGUGAAUCUCCGUCUUUGUUCAGAACCAAAGAAAAGAGGAAGCUUCCUUUCCUUCUCCAUGGCCAGCCCAAGCUUGCAAUCUCUGUAUGUCCUGUACUCCAUCCCUCUCCCUCUCCCUCUAUCUCUCUUUCUAGAGUAUCGGGAUUCUUGCAAGAAGCAUCAUGUGCUGCCAAAUGCUGCUCUCUUGUCAUGGUUCUCAAAGGCGGAUGAAGAGAAGACUCGGUACAGGAAGUAUAACAUAGCCAUCUUGCUGGACCAACUAAUGAAUGGUGAUCUGUUCCCACUAAUUGAUGUGUUCCAAUCCAUUGGCACUUUCGAAUUUGAAAGGGUUGACAUACUUCACGAGUCGUCCUGUCACUUGAAUGCGGAGCUUUUGCUGUCUUUAUUGAGGGCAGCCAAUGAAAAGCUUGAUGUGGUCGAUCUCCAAGACAUGUCCUUCGGGGAAGACUUUUUCAGUGAUCUAAGCCAGAAUGGUAUUUCCUGCCGAGUGCUAAACUUGUGGUCCGUCCACUUACAGAAGCUGAACAUGGUUGGGAAAUUUACGCAGCUCCACACGCUGAACUUGGACUUUUGUGCUUCAAUCACGAACUUCCACAAGGACUGCUUCUCAGGCAUGCCAAAUCUCAUGCGACUAUCAUUGUGUGAGACGAGAGUUUCCAAUCUCUGGGCAGCGACUACUGCACUAUCAAAUCUCCCUUCUCUUGUGGAACUACGGUUUCAGAAGUGUCUGUGUUGUUGGGACACAGGCCCAUGCCACUCCCUGUAUGGUGAGAAACUGAAGUUACUUGAUUCUGACGAUAGUGAUGUCAAACUCUGUGAUCAGCUCGGACGAAUGGGAUUCAGUAGACAGGCUGAGCUAGAAAAAAAGAUUCAAGAUGGAGGCCAGCCUUUAGUGAAGCAGCAUCCGAGGGCCAUGGACCAGUCCUUAAAAAAAUACAUCUCACACCAUCCUUCUCCGAUAUGCUAUGAGAAACACUACAGGGAGUACAUGAUUGUUUCACUCCCUUGUCUGAAGGUCUUGGACAAUCUUCUGAUUCUAAAAAAGGAGAAAGAAAUGGCCAGGCAUGUCUUCUCGAGCUGCUACGAAUACCUACCCUAUAAAAGGAAGCACAGGGAGAGUGUGGCAGAUAUUUUGCAUAAGCGUGAAAUGGGGACAGGCAAUCUUUACCACCCAAGAUCCAUUAAGAGGAAGGAUCCAGGGUUCAGGAGUGCUAGCCCAUCUUUCUACUCAAGGGCCCUCAGCGCUGCCAAAUUUGGGUCUUCAACUUGGCCGCUUGUGGAGCCAGUGUCGAAAUUCAGCCACCUCAUCAAGGAUGAGACCAGGCAGCUCCGCCCAAGGCAGUUUGAGUAUCAUCCAUCGGAGCCAGACCUUAUGGUAUUUGGGACUCUUGAUGGAGAAAUCGUUGUUAUAAACUCAGAGAAUAGGAAGAUUGUUAGUUUUCUACCAUCAGCUGGGACUGAUAACAGUAUUUUAGGCCUCUCCUGGCUAAAAAAAUAUCCAUCCAUGCUUAUUGCUGGUUCAGAUAAUGGUUCGUUGAAGUUGUUUGACAUCGACUCCAAACAGCCAAACAUCUCGGACCAAUUCCACAAUAAUUACGUGAAAGCCACUUUCAAUGAUUUUGAGCAGUUGACCUCCGUCCACGUCAACUCCACGGAUGAGCAGUUUCUCGCAAGUGGAUACUCGAGAGACUUGGCCCUUUAUGACAUUGGAACUGGGAAACGGAUUGAGCUCUUCACUGACUUGCACAGAGAGCCCAUAAAUGUUGCCAAAUUCGCCUACCACUCUCCUUUCAUGUUUGCAACCUCAUCAUUCGACCGCGAUGUGAAGAUGUGGGAUCUGAGGCAGAAAAUGGUGCGGCCCUGUUACACGGCCUCGAGCUCAAGGGGGAACAUCAUGGCUUGCUUCUCCCCAGAUGACCUCUAUCUUCUUGUCUCGGCAGUCGAUAAUGAGGUUAAGCAACUAUUGGCUGUCGAUGGGAGGCCCCACACGAACUUUGAGAUAGCUCCUACUGGGAGCUCUCAUAACUACACCAGAUCAUACUACAUGAAUGGUAGAGACUACAUUAUUAGCGGUAGUUGUGACGAGCAAGUGGUGCGUGUUUGCUGUGCUCAAACAGGAAGGCGUUUAAGGGAUGUUUAUGUAGAGGAUGGCGAAUCGGGAAAUUCCUUGUAUAUCCAGUCCCUGAGAGGUGAUCCUUUCCGGGACUUCCACCUGAGUGUUCUUGCGGCUUCUACCCGCCUGAGCUCGAAGUUGGAGAUCAUGAAGAUCAAUUUGCUCACAUCCGAUCAGGACGCCAAAGAACAUGCUCACGCUCCGUCGGUCCGUCCCUCCUUCAGCCUUGGCGGCUAACUUGUAAAUACAAAAUUAUUGAAUUUUUGCUUGUGCGAGAAAGAUCUUAUAUCGUGAAAUGUCGAUAUACAUGUGUAUGGUGACACAAAUAUAACCGCUGUGGUGGAACGGAAUCUCAUUUUUCCGCUCUCACUUGUUUGUAUACUACAUAGCAGAUUUUCUGUGUAAAUCUGAAAUUGGUACUAAUACUUAUGAUUUUACAUCGAAUUUAUAAGCAAUUUGGUUUUAGUUUCU